AUGAAAGGCAACACUGUGGUGAAUUCUAAUUCAAGACCUCUGCUACCGUCUGAUGAAGAAGUAUUAACAAAAAAACUAGAAGGCCAGUAUAAAAAUAAGGUGCGCAUUCAAAGUACAGUGAAGCAUGUUAAUGACAAAGAGAUAAGUCCUCAUAAAAGAAGUACGUCAAAUAUAAAUCUUUAUAAUCCUGAUGUGUUGGUACCAGGCAAAGGAGAGAGAGCUCUUACUGAUACUAAUAAUUUUAUUCAGAUGUAUAACAAACAGCAUAAACUUCAAAAUUUAAACGACUUAUCUCAAGAAAGUAUCAUUGAAAGCAACGAAUAUAAUUUAAGCGAAAACAAUAGUGAUGGCCAAGGUUCUGUCAAUAACGACUCCGAGGCGAUUUCGUUGGGAAGCAUAGAAGUCUCUGAUAUCAAGAAUACAUCGGUGAAUGAAGAGGUCGUUGAUGAAGAUCAAAUAACUGAAGAUGAAGACAGCAGCAGUGAUUUAUCCGAUCCAGAGCAAUUAAAGAUGAGAAAGAAAUAUGAACAAGCGAAAAAAUUAUCAAGUAAUGAGCCAAGUAAUAAAAAAGAGUCACAUUUAGAUGAAGAAAUGAGUUUGAGUGACAAAUUAAAAAGUCAAAGAGAAAAAUGGGCUGAGAGAGGUGCUGCGAAGAUUGUACGAAACGUUGCUGACCCUAAGACAGGUGAAAUUACAAAACAAACAAUAAGUAAAGGUAUUAAUGACUUCAAGUUUGGAGAGGUAAUCGGUGAUGGUUCGUAUUCAACUGUAAUGUUAGCUACAUCAAUUGAAUCAAAUCAAAAGUAUGCCGUCAAAGUGCUCAAUAAAGAGUACUUAAUACGUCAGAAGAAGGUCAAGUAUGUUAAUGUCGAAAAGAACACUUUGCAACGUCUGAAUAAUUCAAGAACGGUUGUAAAACUAUUUUUUACUUUUCAAGAUGAAGCUCACCUUUACUUCUUAUUAGAAUAUGCACCAAAUGGUGAUUUCUUAUCAGUUAUGAAGAAAUACGGUACUUUAAAUGAAGAGUGCGCUUGCUAUUAUGGUGCACAGAUAAUAGAUGCAAUUCAUUUUAUACAUUCUAAAGGAAUCAUACAUAGAGACAUAAAACCAGAAAACAUUUUAUUAGAUGGAGAUAUGAAAGUUAAAUUAACAGAUUUUGGUACAGCCAAAAUUUUAGAUCCUGUAACAAAGGUAAAUAAUAAUAAUUCUAAGACUGCAACUUUUGAUCUUCUGACAAGAUCUAAAUCAUUUGUUGGAACAGCCGAAUACGUUACUCCUGAACUUUUAAAUGAUUCAUAUACUGACUACAGAUGUGAUAUAUGGGCAUUUGGGUGUAUAUUAUUCCAAAUGAUAGCAGGUAAACCUCCAUUUAAAGCGACUAACGAAUAUUUGACUUUUCAAAAAGUGAUGAAAGUACAAUAUGCAUUUACAGCGGGGUUUCCAGUUGUGAUUCGUGAUUUAGUUAAAAAGAUCCUGUUGAAACAGCCUAGCCAAAGACUAACAAUCUCGGCAAUAAAAGCUCACCAUUUUUUUAAUGAUAAAAAUUUCAGUGAUGGAUCAAUUUGGGAUGAUAACCCACCAGAAAUCCAACCAUACAAAAUAAAUGCAAAAUCUAUGCAGCCUGUUCCAGAAUUGAAGACAACUCCAGGAAAGAGGCAUUUGUUAUCUAUUCCUAAAAGACCUUCAUCACGCCCGAAUUAUGUGCCUUCUACACCUGUAUCAUCUGCCAAAUCAAGCACUAGUGAUAUUUCAACUAAGAAUACAAAAACAUCAAGUGAGAAAACUUCAUCAACAAAUGUUUACCAAUACAAGAAGAGCAUCUGGUGUGAGACAUUCAAGCGGUGCAGCAUCAGCAGCAUCAGCAGCGUUGGUGAAAAAGCAACUCCAUCUAUCUCAGGUCACAAAAUUAAGUCACGAGUGAACUCAUCAAAUUCAACUAAAUCAAACUUAACAAGUAAAUCUUCUCAAAUUGCACCAGAAAAAAGCAAACCUCAUGGGAUACCAAAGUCACCAUCAACACCAGUAUUAAAUAAUUACAUGCGUUCUUCUAAUACCACUCCAGUAAGUAGUCCAGGAUCCAGAAUCCUUUCUUCGAAUGAAGAGACCAGACCACUGAAUUCUACAAUAGAAUCUGCUAUGGAAUUAACACAAUUUUUAAUUGAUCCACAAGAGAAAAUUAUUAAAGAAGGAGACAUAUAUUUAACGGUUAUGGACUCUAACACGUUGGAAAAGCGUGUGCAUAAAUCUCGCGGUCAUAUUUUAGACCCACAAAGUUUCGGAGCUGCAAGAACUACCCUUUUAUCGCAGGCCGCUAGGAGUGGGGGUGUGGCAGGUCUAAGGAACGAGUCAAAUCCUAUCAAUUUGUCAGAAAACAGAUAUUAUAUCGAUCAUAGUUGUGAUUUGAAAACAAUCGCUGCAGAUUAUAAAAUACCGGGCGGUUCCUUAUAUAUAAAAGAAGAAGAUAACUCUAUAUCUGGGUCUAAAUCACCAUCACCAUCCAUAAAUAUGGAUGAAAGAGGCUUUGGCAAAUUUAAGAAACUGUUUCAUAAGCAAGAUCACUCAAAUGAACCUAUUUUCAUGGAAUUAAGCUACAAGAGAAAAUUUGUAUUAACUUCAUAUGGUCGUUUAUUAAUACUAGCGAAGAAUGUUGAUGAUGAAUCUCAUUCUAACGGAGUUUACCAACUUAUGACCAAUAUUCUACUUUCACAAACUGGGCUGAAGAUAAAAGAACUUGUUAUUCCAUCAGAAAUAGAAAAUGGUUACUUAAAUUUAGGAGCAAUAAUUACACCUUUCAAAUCAUUUGUAUUUUGCUGCACUAAACAAGACACAUCUUCAUGGUUUAUCAACUUUCGUAAUAGCAUCAAAAUGAACCACGAUAGAAUGGUUUUAUUAUCAUCCUCUAAGAGUAACACAGCUCGAGAUAAUACACCAUCUUUAACACCAUCUGUUAGUGGCACAAAAGAAAAAUCUGAGUCUUCAACAACUACCUCCUUAGAUCCCGGGAUGAAAAGCCCAAAAAUUGUGACUCCAACUCCACACAAAUCUUAUGCAAACACCCCUCCAAGUCCAGGUAGUCCUCGUGUUGGAAGACCAAACAGGUUAUUUGACUCAUUUGUAAGUUCAAGGGAGAAAUCAAAGAAAAAUAUUAAUCCUGUCCCAGCUUCAACAAAAUUAGCAAAUGGAUUGCCAAUCAAAUCAGAUCAUAGCUUUGUAGGCCUAGGAUUAUCUUCGUUACAAAGUAAAAUUUCAAGACAUAACACGCCACAUCCUUCCACAUCAUCAUUUACUAGAACAAGUAAUAAUGGUAAAAGGUCAUCGACACCAACGCCUACCUCGACAGCUCUAGGAGAAAAAACUUUAAGAUGA